AUGGGAAACGCUAUAAUGUCUGUGGUCUCUUUCUUCCCGUCCAAGUCGUGCCAGCAUUACCUUCUGGGAGAUGAUAUCGAGGACCUACCACCAGAUAAAAUGAUGGAUUUGAGCGGGAAACAUCUGAGGAGGUUUCCCCUGCAGGUCUGUGCUUUUACUGAACUUAUUAAACUGUACCUGAGCAAUAACAAUCUGAGGAGUCUUCCCCCCGAGCUUCACCUGCUGAACUGCCUGCAGAUCUUGGCUCUGGAUUUCAAUCGUUUCAAAGAACUGCCCCAGGUGGUGUGCCGUCUCCGUCAGCUCUCCGCUCUGUACCUGGGCAAUAACUAUCUGAGCGACCUGCCGGCCGAACUGAGCUCGCUGGCUGAACUGAAAACAUUGUGGAUCGAGGGCAACUGUUUCGAGCAGGUCCCCAGAGUGGUCUCGGAGCUGAAACAUCUGAGAAUCCUGCACGCGGGAUGUAAUCAACUGAAUAAACUGCCCAAGGACCUCUGGCGCCUCCGGGAACUGCAAAGCAUCUGGAUUUCGGGCAACUCGUUCUCUGAGUUCCCCCAAGUCCUAUUGGAGAUCGACAGCCUAGAGAUCAUCGACGUGGACCGAAACUCGAUCAGGUUCUUCCCCAGUCUGGUCCACAUGAAGAACCUGAAGCUGGUGAUAUACGAUCGCAAUCCCUGUAAGAAUGGCCCCAGGGUGGGUGAGGAGGUCCGGAGGGUGGGAAAGUGGGCCGACUAUCGCCCCGAAGCCACUGAGGAACUAUCACAGGAGAAAAACAGUGAGCAAAUGGAAGAAAAUGAGGACAUGGAAACGACAGAGAAAAGUGAACUGAAUAAAGAUUCGGACUCGGUGCAAGAGUGA